AUGAAUGUUAGUGAGAUAAUCUCCUUCUGGGGUUAUGUAUAUGAAGAGUAUGAAGUUGUGACUGAAGAUGGUUACAUCCUCCCACUUUACAGAAUUCCACAUGGGAAGAAUGAGUCUAGUCAUUUAGUUUCAAAGCCAGUAGUGUAUUUGCAGCAUGGGUGGACUCUAUCUGCCUCUAUUUGGCUUGUCAAUCCCCCCAAGAGCAGCCUGGGCUUCUUUCUGGCUGAUGCUGGUUUUGAUGUGUGGAUGGGGAACAGCAGAGGAAAUAUAUAUGCCAAGAAACAUGUGUACCUAGACUCAAAUUCUGAAGAAUUCUGGGCUUUUAGUUAUGAUGAACUCAUAAAAUAUGAUCUUCCUGCCACCAUUGACUUCAUUGUGAACAAAACAGGACAGAAGCAAAUUUACUAUGUUGGCCAUUCCCAGGGCGCCCUUCUUGCCUUUGGAGCAUUUUCAACCAAUACACAACUGGCUCAGAAGAUCAAAAUCAAUUUUUCACUGGGUCCAGUUGCAACUAUUAAACAUUCAAAAGGGGUCAUCCGCUCAAUUGCAUUCUUGGAAAAAACUACGACCAAGACCGUCUUCGGUGAAAAAGGCAUACUUUUCAAUGAAGAUGCUGAGUAUUUUGUGCAAUUUUUCUGUCAGCGUGAGAAAAUUGCAACAGUUUGUAAUAAUUUACUUACUUUGCUAUUUGGAUAUAAUCCCCAAAAUUUAAAUGAGAGUCGUAUUGAUGUGUAUGUGGGACAUGCUCCUGAAGGAACUUCAGUUCAAACCCUGCUUCAUUACACUCAGGGAAUGAGAACAGGCAUAUUCCAAGCUUAUGACUGGGAAAGUCCAUUUCUGAAUAUGCUGCACUAUGGUCAGCCUACACCCCCACAAUAUAAGAUAAAGGACAUGAAGGUUCCAACUGCUAUGUGGAGUGGUGGAGAAGAUUUUCUGGCCGAUCCAAUAGACGUUGGACAAUUAGUAGCCGACCUCUCCAAUCUCAUUUAUCAUAAGAAGAUUCCUGAGUAUAGUCACAUGGAUUUUGUGAUAGGUUUAGAUGCUCCCAACAAAGUUUUCAAUGAAAUUGUUGCAUUCAUCAAUGAAGAUCAAUCAAGUUGAAGUUUAUUUAGCUCUCUAUGUAUUUUUCUGCUUCUUUUGAGGAUCUGUUGAUUUUCACAAUGUGAAAGAUUCCUGAUUUUCUCUUUAAUCAG